CACGGACCAGUCCAUUUUGAGAAACGGCUGAAGUCUGCGUCACGGCGAAAGGAAGUUGCUAACCCACAGGGAUGGCCAAAUUCCACCGGGCGGUAAGAACUCGGGAGGGGAUCAAGGAAGCGGAAAGGAAGCCCGAGAAUCCGUUACCUGCGCUCUCCAAGCUCCACAGCGCGUCGGCACAGUUUCGCUUCGCCGACCACGAACUCCGUCUGUCCCAGGACUGGAAGAAGCUCGGAGUGGCAGCGGUCGUGUGGGAUGCGGCUGUUGUCAUGUGCAUGUACCUGGAGCUGGGCGAGGUGGAGUUAAAGGGGAAGGCGGUGAUUGAGCUGGGAGCCGGGACCGGGCUGGUGGGGAUCGUAGCCGCCCUGCUGGGUGCCGCGGUGACCAUCACCGACCGACAGCCCGCCCUGGAGUUCCUCUCCGCCAACGUGAAGGCCAACCUGCCGCCGGACACCCGAGGCUCGGCGUCCGUGUCCGAGCUGAGCUGGGGUCAGGGGCUCGACCUCUACCCGGCCGGGGGGUUCGACCUGGUGCUGGGUGCGGACAUCGUCUACCUGGAGGACACGUUCGCGCCGCUGCUGCGGACCCUGGAGCACCUGUGCUCGGACGCCACCGCCGUGCUGCUGGCCUGCAAGAUCCGCUACGCGCGGGACACCGACUUCCUGGGCAUGCUCAGGCAGCGGUUCGCCGUCGAAGAGGCCCACUAUGACCAACAGAGAGACAUCCACAUAUACAAGGCCUGGAAGUUGCCACCCAGGGAGGAUUUGUGACCACACACGGCUCAAGUAUUCUUUUCGCUGACCACCAAAGGAAUUAAAAGAAAACAUUUUAAAACCA